AUGCAGAACCAAACAUCCCAUGUAGAAUUCACAAUUAUGGGUUUUCCUGAACUUCCGCAGUACCAGCUAGUGUUGUUUACAUUGUUCUUCACUAUCUACAUUCUGACCGUGCUUGAAAAUCUUCUCCUCAUUGCGACAAUUUGGUUGAACAGCCGUCUUCGCACUCCUAUGUACUUCUUCCUCGGAAAUCUCUCUCUUCUAGAAAUCUUCUAUGUCUCAGUAACAAUGCCAAAACUGUUCUCCAUUCUACUGCUGGGUGAGAAGGCUAUCACGCUGGGAGGCUGCCUUACUCAGUUGUAUUUUUUCCUGUCAUUGGCUUCCUCUGAGUGUUUCCUCUUGGCAACAAUGGCCUAUGACCGGUAUCUGGCCAUUUGCCACCCAUUACAUUAUCCAUCACUCAUGAAUCACAGAACCUGCACUGUCUUAAGCCUGAGUUCCUGGCUAGGUGGCUUCCUCGCUUCCUUUCCAUCUGUGGUGAUGAUCUCCAAGUUGCAGUUCUGUAGCACAAACACCAUCAGACACUUCUUCUGUGACCUGUCACCCUUAUUGAGGUUGUCAUGCACUGAAACUUCAUUAAUUGAGAUGCUGGAUUUCAUUGCAGCAUUAUCAGUCCUUAUGACUUCAUUACUGGUGACUGGAACAUCUUAUAUCUUCAUCUUUUGCACAGUUGCGAGGAUCCCUUCCACCAAAGGGAAACAUAAAGCUUUUUCCACCUGUGUCUCCCACUUGACAGUCGUCUCAAUGUUCUAUGCCACCACCAUAUUCAUGUAUGCCCGUCCUAAAGCCAUUGGGAGCUUUGAUCUCAAUAAGCUGGUGUCCAUCCUCUACACAGUAGUGGCUCCAUUUCUUAACCCAAUAAUAUACAGCCUUCGGAACAGGGAAGUUAGAGAGACCAUAAGCAGAGUUUUGCAUAACACAGUCAUUUCAUUAGGAUGUUUUCAAACAGAAGACUAA